ACUUCCCGGGCAAGUGCCGGCAAAUAUGGAGCGGCCGGGGGAGAGGACGGAAUGGCCGCUGACAGGGUUGGGUGAAGAAAACGCCGCUCCGGUCCCUGAACUGUUCGGAUCGCUGGAGGGCUCGCCACCUUCGCUGCAGUCCCCGGACGCGGGCUGGGAACGACUUCGAGAGCUCUUUCGGCGAAAUGAACAACAGGAAUACCCAGAAGAAUCUAUCUAUAUCGUUAAAGCAACAUUUACAGCCGGUAUUGUUGGCUUUGUCUAUGGAGGUGUACCUGGAUAUGUAAAUGCCAAAAAACAGUACAUUGAGCAAUGUGGAGGACAACUCUAUCAUAAUCGGCUGGAUGCUGUGCAAUCUAUGCAACGUAUAGCAAACAGGGGAUUCAUUCGAUAUGGUUGGCGGUGGAGCUGGAGAGUUGCUGCUUUUGUGGCAAUAUUCAACACAGUGAAUACUGGCUUGUCUGUAUAUCGUGAUAAAAGUACCCUUGGUCACUAUACCAUUGCUGGAGCUUGUACCGGCAGCUUGUUCAGAAUGAACUUGGGCUUGAGAGGUCUGAUUGGAGGCAGUGUUAUUGGAGGAGUCUUGGGUGGCUCUCUGGGAACAUUACUAAUGGGACUGCAAAAAGUUGCUGGAGAAACUUUUAUUGACAGAAAGAAAAGGAAGAAAAGUGAGCUACAUGCAUUAAAGAUUGAAAAGUGGGAAGCCAGUCUUGAGAUCCCUGAAGAUAUUUCAGAAGGAACAGAUAAUAUCCUACAGGAAAAAGAUGGCAGAUAAUCUCGGAAAUUCAAGUUUAAAAAUGGACUAGAAGCCCUUUGUUGGACGGAGAGUAGUUUAAAUACCUCUUGGACACAUAAUUAAAUAUGUGCAGGUGACAACAGAACAACUUUUUGUGGUGAAAACAGUAACUUUAAUUUCUUUAAAAAAAACAUAAAGGUGUAUAAAAAUAAUUCCUGGGAAUAUUCAUAUAAAACACAAAUUCUUAGAAGUACUAUUACUGCUCCCUUAACUAUAAACAAAAUCAGUAAAUAUAUUUGAAAAACUGUGACUUUUGUUCAGUUUAGAGCCCAUAGUGUAAAAGAAGUUUGAAACACUUAUGUCUCAAUAUGUACCUUAUAUCAAAUCCUUAUAGUAAGCCAGUACCUCACAUUCCCAACACUUCUUUCUAGACAGAGUUGUCUCAAACUCCUUUAUUGCUUAGUGUCACUCCCCUGCAACCAGUGAUAAUGAGCUGAGUUUAUUCUAUUCCUGCAAUUAUUACUUAGGAAAUAAUUAUCUCAUUUGAAUGAAUGUUAGGAAAAGAAAAUAUUUCUAUGUUCGAGCAAUCUCAUCCAGCUCUGUUUUGACUUUCCCAUUCAAGCAAACAACCAUGAGAUGAAGAUGAAUAAAAAAACAUUUCUCUCAAAUAUGUAAACUGGUACUGGCAUCUAAUUAGUGCAUCAACUGAUUUUUUUUGGUCAUAAAUAUGGCAAGGAAGGAAACUACAUACCACAGUGAGUGAUUAUGUGAAUUAGUUCAUGAAGAAUUAUGGUUGUUAAGUUUGUUAUUCUUCGAGCCUAUUUCAGCUGACCCAGUCAUAUUUUAUUUGCAAGAUAAUGAUUUCAAACAUGUUUUCAGAAAUAAUGCAUAAAACAUUUAAAACUGUUCUAUUAUAUAGGUUGCAAUAUAAAAGUCAGCCAUUUUAUACAUUACACCGAGGAACAGAACUAAAUCACUUUAUAUUUCCUAUAUAAUUUAUAAGGUGUGUUUGAAGAUUUUUGUCUCAACACAGGUUUUAGUCAAGUGCCAUUUCAUAUCCAGUAUUUAAGAAGCUUAAUGUGAAAAUGGGAGAAAAGGUGCUAGAAAAUAUUUGGGGCAGCAUAAAAAUGCAUUCUUAGAAGAAGGUUGCAGGAAAAUCUAGGUAAUUCAGAUGAAAUGACUGAUGGAAAAGGUUGUAUUGUAUUACAUCAUUGAAAGAAGAAAUAUUAUCUACAUUAAAAUUCAUCUGCAAAGCACUUGUUAAUAAAGGGAAGAACAUUUCUUCUUCCAGUGCUGUAAUAUAAUACAACCUUUUCCAUCAGUCAUUUCAUCUGAAUUAUCUAGAUUUUCCUGGAACCUUCUUCUAAGAAUGCAUUUACUUUUUUGAAUAACUUUUUUGAAAUCAGGAAAAUUGUGGAUUUCAAAAAAGGUAGCAGUAAAUAGUCAUGAGCAUGUUGUCUCCGUUUCGUAAUAUAUGGAUGACCCCCAUUCAGUAAAGAAAAUAUCUAUAAGCGUGUGUAUACAUAUAUUAAUCACAUAAUAUAUAUACAUUAUACAUUAUAUAUAAUGUGUGUCAAUCACACGCACACACACUAAAUAUAGUGUGAUUGACACAUUACACAUAUGUAAUAUGUGUACACAUGCUUAUAAAUAGAUACUUUUCUAUAAAUAUUUAAUUGUCUCAUUUUCAUAGUGAAGUAAACUUGAUGAAAGUCUUGGCAUUAGUCCAGCAGUCCCCAAACUUUCUGGCUCAGUUAAUCGGGGGAGGGGGGUGGUUCGUGCGCACACUGCUUGCACAAAUGCAGCUUUGUGCCCUCACCCACCGCUUGGAAAGCCCAGUUGUCAAGGUGCUGGGCCACGGACCGGGGAUUGGGGACCCCUGAAUUAUUUUGUACUUUACAGAUUUAUAAUUGUAUAAAUGGGAGAAAUAUUUUCACUAUAAUUGAGGGUUUGAAACAAUUGCUUCUCAGAAAGUUCCAAAAUGACUUAUGAACUGCCUAAAAUUUAAUGAAGAGGCAUUGAUAAGAAUUUUUUAUCAGAAUCACUGUCUCCUGGUUGAAUUCUCAAAAUUGUUGAUUGAAUAAAACUAUUCAUAAAGGGAAAUAUAAAAGCUUAAUGGAAAGAAAAUUAUGGAAUACAGUUGACUGUUCAAAAGCAAAACCUUUGAAAAAGUAUCUACAGUGAGAUGUGAAAUCAAGAACCAUUUUCAAAUGAAACUGGAAUGUGGUAUUUGUUACAACUCACCUGAAUUAAAGUGUAAUAAUUAGUGAGUGUCUUGAAUAAUUUAUGUUCACAUUUUUACUUUUUAGCAUAUCCUGCUCUCAACUUAAUAUUCUUUCCCUUCCUGCUUAUUUAAAUGAUUUUUAUGACCACCCAUCUCACGACGACUGGGUAGCAUACAGGGAUUAAAAAAAGCAACUACUACUGAUAACCUAUGACACCUAAGAUAAAUAAAGAAAAUAAUAAGGUGUAAAGAAAAUAAUCUUACACUUAAAACCAAAAAAACUAAAGAACUUAUAAUUGACUUCAGGAGGAAGAGAGAUGUACAUUUACCAUUUUACAUAAAUGGUGAGGAGGUGGAGAGGGUUGGUAGUUUUAAAUUUCUGGGCAUUUAUAUCUCGAAGGACCUCUCAUGGACUAUGAAUGUUAACAUGCUUGUGAAGAAAGCACAGAAGAGGCUGUACUUCCUGAGAAAUGCUCAGGAAGAUAAAUCUAUUCAGCAUCUAUUUCUGUCCUACUAUCGCAGCACCAUUGAGAGUGUCCUGACAUACGGCACUCUUGCAUGGUAUGGGAGCAUCUCUCUAGCAGAAAAAAAAGCUCUACAGAGAAUCAUUAAAACUGCCCAGAAUAUCAUCGGGCUCCAGCUACCAGCCCUGGAUGACAUCUUCAAAUCUUGCUGUUUAAGGAAGUUGCAUAACAUUCUCAGAGACUCUUCCCAUCCUGCUUACAAUCUUUUUGGACUGUUGCCUUCUGGCAGAAGAUACAGAACAAUUAAAACUCGGACCACACGUUUUUUGAAUAGUUUUUAUCCCAGAGCUAUAAUUGCACUGAACAAUGAACUAAAGGGCCACCAUCAGUGAGCUGUUGGACAGCAUUACUUGGUCUGUUGUGUGGAUGUUUGGGUGGUUUAGGGGUGGGGAAUUGUGGUAGGUGAGAGUGUGUUUGAGGAUUAUUAUUGUGUUGGACCUGGUCUUUGGGUGUUAAGUGAAUUUCGUUGUAUGGGUAUACUGUGUAUACAUGUACAAUGAUAAUGAUAAUAAUAAUAAUAAUAAUCAUAAUCAUAAUAAUAAUAAUAAAAAAUCACAAAGUACCGGGACUUACAAAUUGAAGUUGAGCGACUGUGGAAAAAGAAAUCGUGUGUUGUCCCGAUUGUAAUUGGAGCCCUCGGAGCAAUACCCAAAGGGUUACCCCGCUAUUUAGAAAUUCUAAAUUUGCCGGACUUGAACAUUUUGACUCUACAAAAAACCACCUUACUCGGAACAGCUUACAUCCUCCGACGAUAGCUUAACAGUUCCUAGGUCCUUGGUUAGGACUCGAGCUGCUGAGCUAUUAACCAGCCUCAAAGGCUGUGAAUCUCACUAAAGAUUAACCAAUAAAUAAUAAUAAUAAUAAUAAUAAUAAUAAUAAUAAUAAUAAUAAUAAUAAUAAUAAUAAUAUAAUAAUAAUAAUAAUAAUAAUAAUAAUAAUAAUAAUAAUAUACAUUUCACUCCCAACAAAUUCAAGCCUAUUUAUCCAGCCUACAAUAGUCCUUACAUCAAUGCUGCAAAAAUUCCUAUAACUAUUCCUUACCCAGAAGAUAACAAAUUACCAUAUUAGGACAUUAGUUGGCAUUCUGCAAAAAAAAAAAAAAAGUUGAGGGCAAAGAAAUAACAGUUCACUCCCUUUAUUAGGUAUUAAUAAAGGUUGUUACUUGUGUUCAUUUGAGUUUAUUCUUCAUUUUUCUCCAGUGUUAUUCUGGAGUUCUUCUGAAAACCAGGUGGCUCUUUGUGAUCCAUGUCUAUAGAUAACCCAAUCCCUACCAUUUAAAACAGGUUAGUAUUUUCUAAUUUUGUUGCAUAUCAAGGUAUACCAGACACUAUUUUAGUUCAUUAAAAUCCUGUCGCAUAAGCCUGAGGCACACAUUUAAAGCAGCAGUAAAUUGAUUAUUCAGAUGACGAAUAAGCUGUGGCUACAGCAAUACCUAGUAAUACAGCUUUAAAAGAACUUUUAGAAGGUUUUAUUUUUUUUAAAAAUGGACACAAUUAUAAAAAAACUUUAAAAAAUACAGAAUGUACACUGACAUAUACAUGCAGUAAAUAAGAGUACAUAAGCAUUUCAUUGCAAUUAUACGUGUAAUCUCUGCUAGUAGAUGAUGUAUUAUAAAUUACUAAUGUCAUUUCUGCAGCCCAUUACAUAGUUGGGGCCAUAUAUUUAUUUGUGUAAUGUUGGAAAAAUAGUCAAAAUUGUCAGCAUGGCAAUGUCUAGUUUCUUUGUCUAAUGUCAAUUUCGAUAAAGACUACAGUUGAAAAGAACUUGUCUCAAAAUUGAAUAUGUUAAUUACUGUUUCUAAAAUGACUUGUUAUAAGACACUGUAUAAACAUUUAAAUAAAACAAUCUUCACCAUGAUGAAAUUUCAAAGAAAUUCAA